AUGCCACCUCUUCGCAGAUACAUACAUCAAGAACGACUACUUUACAGCAUUGAUAGAUUCUUACAUGGCAUCUUCGACAGAAGAAGUCCUCGUGGAUGGUCAGCGGACCUAAUUGACUUCAUACCACCAAGCGGAAUAGAGAGUCAAGGCCCCCUAUGGCAGUUGAUUUCGGAUAAUUGCUUUGCUAUCUCCAGGCUCGUGCGGUCCAACAAAAAGGAUAUGGCGGAAGCCACCUUGCAGGAAACUUUGAAUCGAUUAACCGAGAUCUGUCGACAUGGCGAUCCAUACUUCAUGGUGAAGUUCUGGCGAGUUUGCUUGUUUCUGCGCGUUAUUGAUCGGCAUUGUCCAGAGUUAGAGGGGCUUUCGAAGCUAUUAUCGACGCUUGAACAGGGCUUCUUGGAACACCAACAAAAGUCGCGAGAGGAUCAUCCCCUGCUGGUCACCGUUCAAGCUCUGAGAAAUACUCAUGAGGAUGACUUCAAGGACACCCUUCGUAUCGGAUACUUUAAGGCCAUCAGGACUAUGGCCGAUCUCAAUCCAUACUCGGACAAGAAUGGGGUCACAUUGCACAUGAUUUGUGUCUAUUUCAAAUACUUCGACAAGCAAUUUGUGGACAAAAUCGGCGUGCUGCAAAAGCUCCACGAAACAUGGAGUAUGGUAACUGAUCAAGAUAGCCAUAUUUCAUCUCUUGCCGUGAUUAGCGCCAGCUACUACUGGUGUUAUGCGGCGCGCUAUAUCAAAAAGUGCUUUGCUUGUGCAUACGAAGCAGCGUCGAGGUUGCUUGAAGACAGCAAGGUCCUCAUAGUUGGCACGAGUCAACUCUCUUGGACAUUUCCGGCCCUGGUAUUCACAUUUGCAUCCACUGUGGUUGCGAAUCAGGCUUUGAAGAACGAUGAUUUUGGAACGUACUAUGCAACGCUAGAUUACGCUAUAUUAGCGCUUGAAGGUAGUGAUCGAGAGUGUUGCACACAGGCUUCUCUGUUGUCAAAGUCACUCAAAAACCACAUUGAGAAACUGUUGAAAAUUCGACCUUACCAGGAGAUUGCUGGCUGGGAACGUUCCACUGCUAAGGUCGAACAGGAGCGAUUGGAGAGGAUUGAGAGUAGAAUCGACCAGACAUAUGGCGGAUGUGCGUGA